AUGGCAGGAUCAAAGCGAAGCAAAGGAUCUUUUGACACUGACGACUAUUAUCGUGAUCGAGGCUCUUCAUCAAAGCGCGUUCGUUUCGAGGAGAAUACGGAUGACUCACCUGCCGACUUCGAGAUCGAUCACGAGCAUGUUUUGGAGACACGCAAACAACGACGUGGCCAAGUGAAUACAGAGGAAUUGAGCGAUGAGGAAGAAGUAGGCGGUGGUGUCUACAGCAGCGAUGAAGAGGACCGAUCGGAUCAAGAGACGGAUACCAAGGGCAAAGGUGCUGCUGGUGAUAUGAAUGAUGAUUUCGAUAUCUUUGCUGAAGACAAUACUGCCGAUAAGCAACCGAUGCCAUCUUCUUCUUCCAACAAAAAAGGCAAACGCAAGCUUCAGAUGAAUGAGAUUGAAGGCCAAGAGUUGAGCUCACAUGACCGUGAUUGGGAUGAAGAUGACGAAGAGGAGGAGGAGGAGGAUGAAGAUGAGGCUAUGGAUGGUACCACCACCAAGAAGACCAAGAAGAAACGUGAACCCAAAUUGAUGGCAUUCAACAUGAAGCAAGAAAUGGAAGAAGGCAGCUUUGAUCAGGAAGGCAACUAUCAUCGAAACAAGGCUGAUCCAGAAGCAUAUCAUGAUCGAUGGAUGGAAGGCAUCUCACGCAAACAAAUGGCAAAGGCAAAGGAAGCACAAGCACAACGUGAAAGAUCAGAGGCUCUCAAAGAAGCGGCUCGUCAAGCAGAGGUGCCACAGACAAAGACGGAUGUAUACAGGGAAUUGGUCGAGCUUUUACAUCCUGGAGAGAAUGUACGUGAAGCACUUGGAAAGCUUGGUAAUGCAUCCACCAAAAAGAUACCCGCUUGGAAGCAAAAGCUAUUGGAAAAGAAAAACAGAAACAAAAAACAACCAACACCAGCCGCUGCACCUCCCGCAUUGAGUGAACAAGAAGAAGCUGAACGUCAAAGCAAGGUUGAAAAGAUUACAGGGCUUGCGGAUCAGAUGAUGGCAUUGGGCUAUUUUGGAGUCUAUGAUGAUACUUUUGAACUCAUGGUACGCCAUUUACGACAAUCGGGUGCUGUACCAUCGGAUUGGAUGCCAAGUAGUUACCAGCAGUAG